AUGCCAAAGGGUUGGGCACUUCCAGAAAACACAAAAUUCAGCAAAAAAGGCAGUAGAAAAAAAAUUAAAACCAAGGUCAUUGACUAUCUAAAACAAUUUUUUCUUAAUAGUAACCUAAACCCCAAGGACAAGCUUAUAGCCAAAGAAUUGUAUGAAGAGUUGUUGGAGCUCGCACAUUCUGGAGAAAUCGAUGAGGACCAUGUGCCCAAAGUUACUACUAUUCAAAACUGGAUUGAAUGA